AAGAAACCAGACAAGAAAAUAGGGCCUGCAACUUUUUCCCAUUGGACAAAAGCUUGGCGCGCACUCAGGGACAUUUUUAGGGAUUGUUGCAUGCGUCAUUCUCAUGGUGGGAACAUUGACAAAGAAAUUUAUACACACCAGAUCCACGUCACAAGCCUUUAGCCUAUCCACUGGGCUCUUGCCUAUAAAGUCCUGCCUCCCCUGUUUUUGGGAUUUCAAAGUAUUCUCACCUGGUGUGCUAAAAUGUGUGGAGGAGCUAUGAUCUCUGAGUUUAUACCGGACUCUUCUCGCAGAAGAAGAGCCAAUCCUAAGGAUUUGUGGGCCAAUUCGGACACCAUUUCAUAUUCCAAUGAUAGGGUUUGUGAUGAAAUGGGUAUACCGAGGAGGGUAAAUAAGAAGAGGAAGUGUAGUAAGCAGCAUGAGUACAGAGGCAUAAGGCAACGCCCAUGGGGAAAAUGGGCUGCAGAAAUUAGAGACCCAAUUAAGGGAAUGAGGGUUUGGCUUGGCACUUACAACAGUGCCGAAGAUGCUGCUAGGGCUUAUGAUCGAGAGGCUUUUAAGAUCAAAGGAACCAAAGCCAAGCUCAAUUUCCCUAUAACAGAGCAGCUGCCAAAUUUAGACAAUGGUCUAAAUUUAAAGGAGGGUUUAGUUGAAGUUGAAGCUGCCCCAAAGGCUGUGGAUGCAUCGACACAGGAGUAUCUUGAAUAUUUGGAGGCAGUGUUGGAGCUGAAACCUGAGAUCCCAUGUGCAACAGCUUCUGGUGAAAGCCCCUGUUCCUCCUCUAAUGCUGAUAGCAGCCUGACUUCUGUUUCAGACCCUGAUUUAUUCAAUUGCGGAGGAGAUGAGGGCAAAAGCUCUGGUUUACUUUGUGAAUCAGCCCAUGUAAUGGAUUUUUCUGAGUUUCAAGAGGAAGAGAGUAGUGUGUUUAGUAUAGAGGAUGAUGAAUGGGUACUGAAUCCAUACAGGGCUACAGAGAUUUUGGGUAUGUAUCCAUGUUCUCCAUUGGGGAACACGGAUUUGCAAAACCAAAGUCCUGUGUAUAGUUGGGAGAGUGUUGAUGACAAUAGCCUGUGGGACUGCAGCUUAUGAAAUUUGACUUUCUGGUAGUGUACUAUAAUGGAAUGUUGUUUGGGUGUCCUUGUAAAAUCUUGAUAUACAUAAUGAGAUAAUUUUUCCGUUAAA